AAACCCUAGUUCUUUUGCUUCCUCGCGAGCGUUGGAGCUUUGUCGUCGAGGAUUGUGGCCCCAUUCAGUAAUCUCAGAAUCACAGCGCCAUUCAGGUAGCCAUGGCCGAGCGCGGAGGAGAGCGCGGAGGCUUCGGCCGUGGGUUUGGUCGUGGUGACAGAGGUGACCGAGGCGGCCGUGGAGAUACAGGCAGGGGUGACCGCCGAGGAGGACGUCGCGGCGCCAAGCGCGACGAGGAGGAGAAGUGGGUGCCCGUCACCAAACUUGGACGAUUGGUGAAGGACGGUAAGAUCAAGUCCCUCGAGCAGAUCUACUUGUUCUCUCUGCCCAUUAAAGAACACCAGAUUGUCGAGUUUUUCCUCGGCUCCGCUCUCAAGGAUGAGGUCAUGAAGAUCAUGCCCGUUCAGAAGCAGACCCGUGCGGGACAGCGUACCAGGUUUAAAGCUUUCGUCGUCGUUGGUGACAACAAUGGGCAUGUGGGUUUGGGAGUCAAGUGCAGCAAAGAGGUGGCGACUGCCAUCAGGGGUGCUAUCAUCUUGGCUAAGCUUUCGGUCAUCCCAGUUCGCCGUGGAUACUGGGGUAACAAGAUUGGCAAGCCCCACACCGUGCCCUGCAAGGUCACUGGAAAGUGUGGUUCCGUCACCGUGAGGCUGGUCCCUGCCCCCAGAGGUUCUGGUAUUGUGGCUGCUCGUGUGCCCAAAAAGGUCUUGCAAUUCGCCGGUAUUGAAGACGUGUUCACAUCCUCGCGCGGGUCGACUAAAACCCUUGGAAACUUCGUCAAGGCUACUUUUGAGUGCCUCCUGAAGACCUAUGGAUUCUUGACCCCUGAUCUCUGGAGAGAAACUCGGUUCUCUAAGUCGCCGUUCCAGGAAUUUACCGACUUCCUUGCUAAGCCUCACAAGAUUAGCGUGGUGGAGGACGUCGAGAAGACUCCAGUAUACUGAGGGAACAUCAAGUCAUAUUACAUGUGCCUAAUCUUGCUCGCACUUCCUUUCAGGAGUGGUACAUUCUGGAAAGUAAAGCACCAGUUUUGAAGCAUUCUCUUGUAUUGUUUAUUGUUGGAGUUUAUCUUAGUCCAUUUAAUCUUCAGCGAACUAGUGUUAAACAGUGGAGUGGUUUGAUUGUCCUAUUUAGACAUCAAUCCCCGUGAUGCUUUUACACAGUAACACCGUUCCUGUUUUCCAUUGUGACUAUCUCGUCUGCUGACUAUUUUCUGUGACGAUAAAAUGAACUUUACAAGUGUAGUCGCUGCACUCGUGAGCUGUGCACCUGUUCGGAAUA